UCAGACUCUCUGGCGCUCAACUCUACCACGCAAACUCAUAUUUCAGAUUUGAACCGCCAGUUAUCUUUCCCAGCCCAAAACGCAGAGCUCACUCUGUCAGGUUUGUCUUCCAGCGAGCCAGCUCUAAUACCAGUAAUAGCGCCUCAUCUUUUUUUCUCCGCACAUCUCCAAUUAUUUCUUUACAUUUACAAGGAACUGCAUCUCCAGCGUUUGCUGCUUAUGAGAUUUGUUUUUUCGACUUGGUCGUAUUUUGUUAUUUUGACAACACUCCUUCAUCGCUGAAUAAACGUUUCAUCCGCAUUUAGGAAACAUCGAGAAAACACUCCGUAAUUCUUUGAAAACAAAGGGGUUACGAUGGACACUGUUUAUUACCAUCGCCUUACUGGUGCCUUUCAACCUGUCGGUCCUACGAGCACGAAUCAGACGAACACGGGUGUCGAAUGCUACGGGAACUCCAUCAAAAACGACCCGACACUCGCCGUGGGUCUGCACCGCGCCGGUGCUUUCGUCACCCACCAGGCCACCUCCUCCUCCUCCUCGCCAAGCUGUCCGGGGAGCUUAAGCGUCGAGGCGAUGGUGAAUAAAGCUGGUUGCUUCGGUACGUCUAGGGAAGAUGGCAAGGCGUACCCGAUGACCUUGCAGCAUUACAGCGAGUGCAUUCCAGUCGGCGCGCCGACGACCUCGGCUCGCGUUAUCAGCUCCGACGGCGUUGCGGAGCCAUCAAUGUUGUCGGUCGCUGCCAGAGCCGAACAAGUAAGCUCGCCAAUGCGACUGAGUAGCCGCAGCGUCCAAACGGACGAUGUUGCUGAUGACGAGACAACCAAAGACGACAGGGAGAAGAAACCGAUUAAUGACGAUAAACCCGACCCAUCACAGAAGCCGCCAUUUUCUUACGUUGCGCUCAUUGCCAUGGCAAUCAAAGAUUCGCCAGAGAGAAAGCUAACUUUGAGUCAGAUUUAUCAGUACAUUAUCAAUAAGUUUUCCUAUUAUGAGAAGAACAAGAAAGGAUGGCAGAACUCGAUCCGGCAUAACCUCAGCCUCAACGAAUGCUUCCUGAAGAUAGCCCGAGAAGGGGGAGGAGGCGAGAAGAAAGGGAAUUAUUGGACCCUCGAUCCCGCCUACGAUGACAUGUUCGAGAAAGGGAACUAUCGACGUCGUCGUCGGCUUCGUCGACCGCAUCGCCCCAUCGCCAUCAUCGACCGCUCCUACAUGGCAGCCGACGGCGGGUACCCUUCCUACCCACGAUGCAUCCAGUACGGCAGCAGCUGGGGCAUGUGUCCUCCGCCGCCGCCCGCAGUUCCAUCCACCCAUCAACUCCAACCCCAGUACCCCAGCGGCCCGUGCCAGCUGAGCUCGUCACCCACGCCAUCACACAGGGGCCUUAUUCCAUCAUCGCUGACUACGCAGUACUCUCCGAGCUCGUACUCCCAGUUUACACCGUGCACGCUCUCGCCUUCGCCUAACACGGGAUAUAUUUCGUCGGUUGGGUUGUCGCAGAACUCGGCGAUCUCUAGCGCAAGCACCGGCUACGAAGAAGGCGAGCUCGGGUUGGUGGCCAUUGGGGCUGGAUGCGGUACUUGGCAUGUCUGAUACCUCAACUUAAGUUUAUAUAUUAUAAUCACCACACGCGUUUUAAUAAAACUUGAAAGAAAAAACAACGAUAUGGGGUCUUGUUUAAAAUAUAAUAAAAAAUCAUCAUAAUCAUUCAGCCAAACGAGACGGUUGAUCAUAAAACUAUUAUAAAAAAAAAGACUGAAAUAUAUUCUGGAACUUUAAAAAUUCUCCUUGGACAAUUUAUAAAAAAAAAGAAGAAGAAACAAAUGGAGAAAAAAAAGGGGGGGGGGGGGGGGGUUACAACUUCUAAUGUACGGUAAACAUAAUCUGGAGCUUUAAGAUUAGUAUUUAUCCAAAUGCAUAAUUGCCCGUUAUAAUCAAAAUCCCCACUAAAAUCCUUGCUUCUGCACUCUCCAUUAUAGCAUCCGUUGUUCGUAUUUUAGAGCAAGAGCAUCUCGAUUAUGUUUUUAUUUAAUUCAACCGAUAUUUAUUCGAUAAAGCCGUCUUCACUAAUAAUGAUAUCAUUUUGUUGGUAUAUAAUGUAUUCAAUCAUGUUACCUCUUUCCAUGAAAUGAUUGUGAUAAUAUGGUUUAUUCAUGAUAGAUACAACUUAUAUAUAUCUUCCCAGAACUGUAUUGAUCAACCUAUAUAGUCAUAGAGAUAGAUCAAUAAUGUUCUAUGAAGAUAUUAACCUAGUAUAACGAAUAAAGCAUAUUGUCACAAUCAUUUCAUGGAAAGAGGUAAGAAAAAAUUAUUUAAACU